AUGGUGGUUCCUACGGCAGCCAACGGCGGCGACCAGCAGAAGCCCUACGAAAUCCCCUUCUUCGACCUCGGCGAGGGGGACAACGACGUGGUUGAAGGCGGCGGGCGAUGGAGGGAGCUGUGCGACAAGGUGCGGGAGGCGUGCGAGACCCACGGCUGUUUCUGUUUCUCGACGGAGCGGAUCCCGUCGAAGCUGAGGCAAGGCAUGGUGGAAGGGCUCCGGCAGCUGUUCGAGCUGCCGGAGGACACCAAGAAGAGGCACGUCAACCCGAAACCCUACCGGAGCUACCUGGGAAAGAACGACGCCGUUCCUUACCUCGAGAGCUUCGGCAUCGACCAUGCUCCCAACGUUGAACAAGCUCGGGCUUUUACCACACUCAUGUGGCCCCAAGGCAACCCUUCCUUCUGUGAGGCAGUGAAGGAGAUGAGCGGCAAGAUGCAGGAGCUGAACCUCGUGAUCAUGAAGAUGCUAUUCACCAGCUACGGCCUGGACGCCGACGAGCACCACGCCGCCGACACCGCCAGCUACUUCCGGCUCAUGAAGUACAAGGUCCCUCCCAGUCCCACCCCUGCGGACGGAAUUGGGCUGGUGGCCCACACGGACAAGAACACCCUCACCAUCCUGGGCCAGAACGACGUCCAAGGCCUGGAGAUCCAGCCCAAGAACGGCAGCUGGGUACCCGCGGUCAUCCCCGACGGCGCCUUCAUCGCGAUCGUCGGGGACACGCUCAAGGCGUGGAGCAACGGGCGGCUCCACCCGGUGCGUCACCGGGUGGUGAUACGUGGGGAGGAGGAGAGGUACUCGUGGGGCUGUUUCUUGAUGCCCAAGGAUGACUCCACCGUCGCGGUGGCCGAUCAGCUCGUCGACGGAGACCACCCGCUGAUGUACCGUCCCUUCACCUAUUCCGACUACCUCUCUUACUUCGUCCACAACUUGAGCGAUGACGCGCUCGAGCUUUACGCCGGAUUCUCUUCUCCGCCCGUCGGAGAGAGCCGCCGUACGUGCAUGGAUUAA